UUUUUUAAAAUAUUAAAAAUUUUAUUUAAAACAAUUUUAAAGAAAAAUAAUUUAUCUAAAGAAAGUAUGGCAUAUACAACAAUAAAUUAAUAUGGAAAGGACAAUAUUUUAGCGGCUUUUAGGGGCAUUUUUAACAUAUAUACACGUGCCUGAAAUAUUGAGUGUUUAAAAAAAUAAUUUGAUUUAACAUGGUUCUAUCAGAAGAUCUUUUAAACACAUUGAGUGAUUCUUCUGAACCAAUCGCCAAACGUAUGAGAAUAGCAGACAAAGCAUUUAAAUCUUAUCAAGUACCAAUACUACACAAAGAAACCAAACUUAUAAAAUGGGCUUUUAAUAAUAUAAGUACAUCUGAUACUGAUAUUUGGAUACUUCUUCAAACAUGGUUGUCUUCAGAUCAAUUUAGGGACCUGGUACAAAAUGAUAUAUACUAUGAUGAUAUUGUAGAAAUAUCAGAUGUCUUCUUACAUAAGUUAGAACUGUCUGAAUCUAAAGAUCCUCUUUUAAGAAAAUUAAUUAAAGAUGCAGCCUUAUCAUUAAUUAACCAUAGAAUAUUUAAGCAGUUCUUCAAAUACAAUUUAAAAACGUAUUUCAAAUUUUUAUCCAAAGUUGCUGGAAAUAUUAAUUGCCCUCUUCAGUUUAUUGAAUUUAUUAGGAGCCCAACUUUGUUUCCAAAGAACUUUAUUAGCGAGGAAAAAUUUGGAAAGUAUUUUUUAGAAUAUUUCCUUCCAGCUUGUGCGAGUUAUGCUGUACAGUUUAAGGAGCACAUAGUUUUGUUUGAGGAAAUCAGUAAAGUGGUACAGAAGUGUAUAUUUAAUGAAAAUGUUAAAAAGGUAGAUAGUUUAUUCAGUCAGUAUAUAGAAGGACAAGACAUUGAGAAAGGCUCACUUCUUCAUAAUAUUCUUAAACAUCUAAUGUCUGUUUACAGCCAGAAUAAAAGCUUAUUAAAUGUACAUUUUAAUUUAAUCAUAUAUAGCUUUUGCGAGUCAUAUAGUGAUUUUAAUUUAAUUUACAAGUUUGCUCUAUUUUUAUUUAAUUUUCUAAAUUUUAAUUUAUCAUCUGAUUUCAACAUAAAUUCUACUAAAUUUGUCGCUCUAGUUUCUCUCUCACAAUCUCUAGAGUUGCUGUUGAUAUUAUUAGAUGUUAUUAGCAAAAAAAGUUUUACUGAUAUUGCAAUUUGUAAAAUUUCUUUUACUUCUUUUCUGAGAAAAGUAUUUAAGUCAUUAAUUGUUUUAAAAAUUCCAACAUUAACUGUAUAUGAAAUAUUUUUGAGAAUAAUUACAAUAAAUCCAUUGGUUAUUGAACCACUAAUAAAUGAAAUAGUAAUUUUCUUCAUGCUAGCAAAUAAUGAACAGAACGUUGAAAUAUAUGAAAAAGCAGUAAGUAGUGUAUUUGAAAUAUUUUCAAAACUACAUAGAAUUGAGAAUUUUAUUGCUAAAGUUAUACAAGCAUUUAAAGGUUCUUUAAUUAACAAACACAAAUAUCUGGAUAAUAUUGAAAAUGUAUAUCUGUUCAAUGGGAAACAUGAUAUUCUAGUACCAAAAAAUACUAAUGUUACUGUUAGUAGUAUUUUUUCCAAAAAUAUUCUUCAGUCUUUUACAAACUGCAUAAGUGGUUUAGCCAGUUGGCAAAUAAUAAAUUUAGUGAAAACCUUUAUAUUUCAUUUGAAUUCUUCUGUUACUGAAUAUUUAAAUGAAUCUUAUGAAACUGAUUCCCUCAAGCUCAUUUUUAUUGAAAUUCUUGGGAUUUUAAUCUGCCAAUUACUCCAAAGUGUUAAGAUGGCUGAUCAUACUAUUCCACAGAACGUUGUUAUUAAAUUUGUUAAUGGUUUGGAGGAGUUAAAAAAUAUUUUAAAAAUAUUUGGCAAUAGCUUGAUAAAACAGGAGCAUAAUCAUAUUACUAUGCGUACAUUUUUAAAUAUUGCAUAUGUUUGGGCUGAAAUUUAUAUGACAUUAACUUAUUAUUCCAUUAAUAAUGAGGUGAAAAUGGUUACAUUAAUGGAUAAUACCUACACAGCUUGUAAUUUAUUGUAUUUGCACUCUUAUUUAGAUGUACUACAAUGGCAAUUAAUAUCUCAGAGGAUAAGUAAUUUUGGUGAAUAUCCUUGCAAAAGAUUAUUGCAAAAACUUUUUAUUCAAAAAUACAGAGCAAUGUUACUGUUUGAAAAGGAUAUCAACGAAGACAUUGUAUUAAACAUAGUGAAAAGGAUACAAAAUAAUUUAGAAGAUACAUGGAAGGAUUUAUUAUUGGAUAAAUUUGCAGUUAACGUUAUUUUGCCAAAAAUGGAUGUAAAUGCUCUUGUAUUUGUAGCAGAACAUUUAAUUGAAGACAAGGCUUUGCUUGAGCUGCAUCAUAUUCAGGAAUCAAUAACAAUUGCUAAUUCCGUCGCUUAUGUGAUAAUGACUAAAAUAAGUAAAUUGACUAAAACUAAAAGAAAACAUGAUCAAGAGUCCAAUAAAUCACUAAGCGCAAAAUUAUUUUCUGCUAUUUCAAAAGACAUAUUCUUAAAAAAUAAUACGGAGAGCAAACUUGAGGUAAUACAAGAAAUCAAAGAAGUUCUUGAAAAUGGCAAUACAAUUGAAUUUGAUAUUGCAAAAAAAGAAACAAAGAUUUUAAGUUAUUUAAAAAUUUUACAACUGAUUCCAAUAAUUUACAGUAAUGUAAAUAAUCAAAAACUAGUAUUUCUCUAUUUAUAUGCUCUCCACAAUGAUUUAUUGUCUGGUACCGAAGAAUUAAACACUCUUUGCGAAAAUAUUAUGAUAGGCAUGCUUCAAGCUUAUAGGUUUCAGAUAACAGAUCUUCUUGAUAGUAAUACCUUAUGUAUCAAUAUUUUAGAACACUUUAAAAGACACAAUAAUAUAUUUUCACUUGUAAUUGAUAAUCUUUUUAAAAGUGCAGAAUCUAUAAAAAGUUUUGAACCUACUGUUUUAUGUCUAAUAAAAAAAUUGGAAUCACAAAAAUAUCUAAGUGCAAGUUUUACAGUAAUACAAGCUGCAAACAGAAUAAAGAAAUCUAGGAUGGACCUUGCAACAAAAGAAGUGGUAAAUGAUUAUAAAGAUAAGAUUUUCAGUAAAAUGGUUAAAUUGGCUUGUAAGUCAGAUAACCUUAUAGAAGCCUAUAGCGCAUGUUUAAAACAUUACCUAUCAACAGAAAAGGAUGCUAAAAUAUUAGAAAAAUUAACAGAAAAGUUGCCAACUUAUAUAAAUUAUUCCCUUGAAAAUAUCUCUAAUGAAAAUAAAAGAGGUUGUGUGAUACUCUUUACAGCAAUUCUGCACAACAAACAGAAAUUAAAUAGUGUAGAUGAUGAUAUAGUUUUGAAAGUAUGGAAUGCUUGUAAAACAGUAGAUGUCGGUGAUGAAUAUUCACAUUUGAUUAACUUAAUUGUUACUUUAAUACCAAAUGAAAGUUUUGAGAUUAUUCUGAAGGAUUUACUUGAACUUACUGAACAUAACAUUAAUGACAAAAAUUAUAAAUUACUUUCAAGACAACUGAGGAUUUGGGAAUCUAUUUUAACCUGUAACAUUAAUCCAGUUAAAAUGAAAAUAUGGCAAGAAAUUUUGGAAAAGCUGAUUCAAAAACUUUUGAAUUUAUUGAGAUCAAAUAAAGUGGAUACCGAAUGUGUUAAAGACAUCAUACAUUUAGAAGAAAAUAUUAUUUAUACGCAACAUUGUAUGUUAUCUCCGACUCUUGUAGACUUAUUUUUAAUAAACGCUACAAUUUUAAACACUUCGGAAAAUUAUAAUUUUGAAAUAAUCUUUACCAGUUCUAUUUCAUUAUUGGAGAAAUUAUUAAAACAUCGAAAUGCAAUGAUAAUGGAUAGAUUACCACCGUUUUUACAACAAUAUAGAAUUAUUUUAAAAGUGUUAUGCGAUAAAAGCAAUUCCGAUCAGAGUGAAACUUCUUUAGAUAUUAAAAAAGCUUCAGACUGUGCUCAUAAAUUGGAGAAAUUGACUAAGAAUUUAGUCGCUUGCAAGAAAGAUAUGAGCAGGAUAGCUGUGUUUUUAAUUGCAGAUAUUUUAGAGAGAUAUGAACAAAUAAAUCUUUAUCCAAAUGUUAAGCUUCACUUGAACAACUGUGUAUACAGUUUGGUAUCUUUAACCGACCAUCAUGCUGUGUCUUAUCUUAUGAGGACCUUAUCAAACGCUUCGACGGAAAUGUUUAAAAUUUUAUAUGAACAUUAUAAAAAAUAUUAUAUGUUUACUGGAAAAGUCUAAAUCUUACUUUUUUGAGAGAAGAAGAUAUACGCUUUAUUUUAUAUACCUUGAUCGAAUGUACAGAUAUUUGCAUUUGUCGAAAUUAUAGAUACUAAUUUA